AUGCUGGACCCAAAUGCUAGUCCCUUUCACACAGAGCUUAUGGAGUCGUUGGUGAUGAAGAAUAGCAACAACACUUUCAGUAUUCAGGGUGAAUACGAGUCUCUUGAGGUGGUGGGGACUGGAUACUAUGGACUCAAGGGGAAGGAGAUUAUGUUUUGGAGCCUGCUUGCCUUGUUGGAGCUUACUCAUGAGCAUACAGUCUGGACAAUACUGGCUUGGGAAUUUACGAACCGUGUGCUCAUCCCAGAGGCAAUUGUCUUAUUCAUAUAA